CCGCCCUCGCCGCCGCCUGGCCUCGCUGCUAGUCCAGCGGAUCUGAAGCCGGCCCCAGGCCGCCUCCCCUCCGCCUGGCCUCGCUGCGCGCCACCAUGGACAGUCCCGUUUUCCCCUGGUAAAGAUGGCGGUGCGCGAUCGCUGCAACCUUUAGACUAAUGACUGUCCGAAACAUCGCCUCCAUCUGUAAUAUGUUUCUGCAGGACCCGUCUCCAGCCUUUGGGUCCCCAGGGUGUACCCAGCUGGCACCCCCACUUGUGAAAGCCUUAGGGAGCUCAGCUUGGGGGCACCAAUGCCUCUGCUCUGGAAAAAGACAUUGGUCCAGAGCAGUUUCCGAUCAAUGAACACUACUUUGGAUUGGUCAAUUUUGGAAACACAUGCUACUGUAACUCCGUGCUUCAGGCAUUGUAUUUCUGCCGGCCAUUCCGGGAGAAUGUGUUGGCAUACAAGGCCCAGCAAAAAAAGAAGGAAAACUUGUUGACGUGCCUGGCAGACCUUUUCCACAGCAUUGCCACACAGAAGAAGAAGGUUGGCGUCAUCCCACCAAAGAAGUUCAUUUCAAGGCUGAGGAAAGAGAACGAUCUCUUUGAUAACUACAUGCAGCAGGAUGCUCACGAAUUCUUAAAUUAUUUGCUAAACACUAUUGCGGACAUCCUGCAGGAAGAGAAGAAACAGGAAAAACAAAAUGGGAAAUUAAAAAAUGGCAACAUGAACGAGCCGGCAGAGAACAAUAAACCAGAGCUCACCUGGGUCCACGAGAUUUUUCAGGGAACACUCACCAACGAAACCCGAUGCUUGAACUGUGAAACUGUGAGUAGCAAAGAUGAAGAUUUUCUUGACCUCUCUGUGGAUGUGGAGCAGAAUACCUCCAUCACCCACUGUCUGAGAGACUUCAGUAACACAGAAACACUGUGUAGUGAACAAAAAUAUUAUUGUGAAAUGUGCUGCAGCAAACAGGAGGCCCAGAAAAGGAUGAGGGUAAAAAAGCUGCCUAUGAUUUUGGCCCUGCACCUAAAGAGGUUCAAGUACAUGGAACAGCUCCACAGGUAUACCAAGCUGUCUUACCGGGUGGUCUUCCCUCUGGAGCUCCGACUCUUCAACACCUCCAGUGAUGCUGUGAACCUGGACCGCAUGUAUGACCUGGUGGCUGUGGUUGUUCACUGCGGCAGUGGUCCUAACCGUGGGCAUUAUAUUACCAUUGUGAAAAGUCAUGGCUUCUGGCUUUUAUUUGAUGAUGACAUUGUAGAGAAAAUAGAUGCUCAAGCUAUUGAAGAAUUCUAUGGCCUGACAUCAGAUAUAUCAAAAAAUUCAGAAUCUGGAUAUAUUUUAUUCUAUCAAUCAAGAGAAUAACUGAAGGACUUGGGGCUAAUCCAAGUGGGGGAAAAUAUUCAAAGCACUAUUACCUUGUUUGUCUGCAGACCUUCCCCAGUGGUCCACUAAUGUAAUCACUCCGAUUUUCACUGGUCUGACCAUGUUAAACUUCCUUCCCUUGUGCUUCUACAUGUAGCACUACUCCUGGGUUUAUUUUGGUCUGAGGUAGAGUUAACUGCAAUCAGUAAGAUUUAUAUGAAUAACAGUUGCUAAUUUUUAAGGUUUGGGUGAAGGCUCUGCCACUCAUUGUGUCUGGCUCAAUUAGAAUGACGUUUCCUAUGAAUGUCGCAGUCCAUUUUGAGUGUUUGCUGGACUUCCUAAGUGAUUUCUGGGAUGUCCUUCCCAUGCAUUCCUUUAACGUGUCCUUGGAAGUCUUCCUUCCCACUGUUAGCUUGUCAGCUUCUUCUGACAGAAGGAUUGGGUAGGUAGAUGCUCACUUUUUAGGGCUGCAACUAUAGCUUUAAGUUUGUGAAAGUGAAAAUGUUUAGAAGUGAGUGACCUCGAUACUGAAAUAUUCAUCCUUCACAGUGGAAGAGGGUGAAGAGCUGUUUGUGGUGGCUAGUGUUGGCACUGGGCUGUGCUUACCUAGCCAUUCGAAUUCCAGGGGCUAAGAUGUUAUGGAGCUCAGGGCAGGCAAGGCCAAGAGGAAGUUUUUGUGGACAGUGCAAAGUUGCUUUUGUUAUCUUUCUACCAAAACCCAAGUUUCAGGAAAAUAACUCAUUUUGGGUGACAUUUUUCUUCUGUCAGGUCCUGUAGUUGUAUUUGUAUUUAUCCUAUAUCUGGCACUGCUAAAGUUUCCAAGUCAUCUUUCCAAUCCUGCUGAUGUUCUGCAGUCUGUGGUCUCAGGGCUGAGACCCCAUCUUGACUGCCUUGGCGUAACUCCCAUUAGCCGGUCAGCACUGACAUCCUGGAUCAGGAGUAGCAAAAGCUCUACACCUUGACCACCAUCAGCAGAUUGUACAGCUUAAUUUUUUUUUUAAACAUACUCAGUCUGUUUACGGAGGCACUGGCAAGUCCCAGGGCUAAAACAAACCCUCCCUGGAGGGAAUGCUGGAGUGAGCUGGGUGUGAGGCAGUCACAGGAAGUGUUGGGGGGUGGGUGGAGGGAGGAACAAGAUGGCGACUGUUUCUCUGGCUCCGAUACCUAGAAUGCUUGACAAGAGAGUUUUUGGAAGAACCUCAUCUCACUACUUUUCACUUUUGUUAUGUAUGUAUUUAUUAGAGCAUUUGAAUAUUGGUACCUUCUCUUAAAAGGGUCAAUUUGGUGUUUUACCGUUCAGCUGGUUUUGAAUUUCCUACAGAUGCUAUGAGUCACAGAUCUUGGCUUUGGGGGUCAUCAGUUGACUUCCAUACACUCAAAUAUACUGUGAACAUGUUAUGUUGUUACCUAACACAUCAGCGAGCAAACAUGCAAACUCUUGGCAUAAUGUGAACUAAAACUGAAAUUGAAACUGUCAGUGGCCAUUUUGCAACAAUGAAGAGGAUAGCACUUUAUCUAGAUGAAAACUGGAUUUCUUAUUUUUGAAAUAUCUUGAACUGUUUCUUGCUCAGAACCUAAGCAUGCCAAUACUUCAUUUGUCCAUGCUUGAAGUGAAAUGUUCUACUCUUCACUGGAGAAGCCAAAACAGGGUGAUCCUCAUACUAUUGUUUUAUGCAACUGAUGAAAAUGUACCUUACCUUGGUGAGAGGCAAAUUCGUAUUUAUAAAUAUUUUGUCUUUUUUUCCCCUCCAUGAAACAUAUGUAUUAAUUACUUACCUGGGAAAUGAGCCUUUGUUCUUUAAGAAGAGGCGCUUUCCAAAUGAAGGUCGUUGAUGUAGAGAAAUGUUUGUACCACACAGAGCCCAAAUACUUGAUUGCAAGUUACAAAGGUUAAGAGAAUGAUGAUUGAUCUCUAAUAUAUUUGGAAUUGAUUCAUAAGAGAAAAACUAUUAAAAUUAUCUUGAAAAAACUCUUGAAGCUAAUUUAUUAGACAACAGUGUUUCAACUGGAAGCCUUCAAUGCUGUUACAGUUUCAGCUCAUAUUUUAUUUUUCUUUCCCUUUUUUUUGUAGCAUGUAAAGUUUUCCUCAGUACUUUAACUGAAAUCUUUGCUUUUAAUAGAAAAAUGAAAAUUAAAAUUCAGUAUUGUGGAUAGAUUUUUGGAGUAGAAAAGGAUAAGUAUGGAAAAAAAUUGCACAAGGAGUCAAAUGGCUGUGUGGUGCAGGAAAGAAGGUUGUACUAAAACCAAGCACAUUCUCCAUCAAUACUCCAUCAAUUUUUAAAGAUUCAGAACUAUUUGGAAAUCACUUACUUCUUCAGUAAACAAAACAAACACUAGGCAGCUAUGUCAUCCCUCCCCCCAUCAUUUUUAUGUUGGGAAAUCAUGUUCUAACUUAUCCCUCAUUCCUAGCAUCCAGCAGAGGAUGGUGGUAUGAUAUGUGAGCCAUUCUGUUGUCACAGCGAUAGCACAAAGACCCAGCAGCAGCCCCUCAUGGGGGGGGGAUGGUUCUUUUUAGCAGCAGGAGUGCAUAGGCCUGCUGUAUUUUUCUAAUUGCUGGGUAUUUAAAAAUAGGUUACAAGUGUUCUACACUUAAAAAAAUGGAAUGUUUGCUUUAUUGGUUACUCACUGUUUAGCAUUUAGAUUAUGGUACAGUGUGCUCAAGUCUUUUGUUUAAAAGCGAAUUUGGGUAAAAUGGUGAUAUACAGUCCUGUUAUGUUGAUGUGUUUUCCAUUCCAAGGCAACAUGAAGAGGACUGAUUUUGAAGUGAGCCAGGAACAAAACAAUCAGGGUGUGAAUAGGUUUGAAUAGGAAGCCAUUCCCUUUUGGUUUUAUGGCCUGGUUAUAUUUUGGAUUUAACAUAAAAUGGAAAAUGACAGAAACAGUCCCUAUGCGUUUAUUUCCAUGGGGACCCUUAAUUUCAUGGGCAUGCCCAUGAAACUAGGAACUGUUCUAACUGGCGCUUAGGGCUUAUUUUAGAUACUGGAGUGUAGCUUUAUUACAGAUGGAUUUUAUCUCUAAACAUUUCAUUUUGAUCAACUUUGUAUAUUCAUGUGUAUUAAAAUACUGUGCACUAAAUGUUUCCCCUGGUUUGCUGUUACCUGGUCAAAGCAUUUGCCAGCACCAUUGUGAUUAGCUCAUGCAAAUGGCAUGGGUCAGAGAAAAUUAUUGCCUAUUUUUCUGCCUAAUUAAAUUUCUGUUUUCUAGUAUUA